AUGGUUCUAGCCACAUUGAAUGGGCCACAAGAAGAAGAAACCGAAAAGUCGGAAGCCGCCCAGAAAACCAAAGGGCCAGAGGCAGAGGGUGGUGUUUCUUUUUUCGUAUCAUUCACCAAUUCUAAAAGGGGCCGUGAAAGGAGGACCCGACCAAGAAGGCCGCGAGUGGACGUACGAAAUCGCGUCGGUCGAAUACCGGUUGGGGCCCAAAGAGGAAAGAGCAAAGAGGAGGGUGAAGCGGGGGAAGAUGAUGGGAAAGAAAAAGAGGAUGGAGACAAGAAAAUUUCGGAAAUGCGAAAUGCCAAUGCGGUUCUUGCGGCGAAACCUCAACCCCUACCACCGUAUCUGAAAGUCGAACAACAAGAAAUCGACGAUGCGGCCUGGGAGGAAGCGAACGCGGCUGCAAGUGCAUUAUUCAGGUGUCUGCUGCUCGUUAUAAGCGCCAUACUGAUGAUAACCUGUAUAUUCAACUUGCUGGCCGGCAGCGCAAUAAAGAUAGGAGGGGAGGCAAUGUUCAUCAAGGAGGCAUCCACCUACGGCAACUAUCUCAUCUUCCUGGGAGUCAUGCACUUUGUGACCUUUGUAUUAGGGUUUUUUGGGGCUCUCCUCAAAAAGUCCUUUCUCGUCCUAUUGUUCAUGUUCUCCGUGGUUUUGUUACUCAUGUUCAACUUAAUUGGGGCGGCCAUCGUCUUCUCCGGACUCAGCAACGCUCACGUGGACCCGGCAGCCGGUUUCAUGAAAGAAAUAGCCAAACGUGAUUACAAAAGUUUCAUCAACGAUUUUCAGAAAGCGCAAAGUUGUUGUGGGGCUCACACGGCCUUUGAUUGGCGGGCCAAUCCCGACUAUCAAGAUGGGUUACUCCUCCCGGCUUCCUGCUGCCCGUCUACUGAAGGCCCUUGUAGUGCCGAAUCUAAGGAAUAUUUCAGUCAAGGAUGCAGAGAAGCCUUCAACCAUAUGUUAAUAAAGUACGGCAAGAUGCAUGCAUGGGUCUCCAUAGUUGCUGGUAUUUGUGAGUUUUUGUGCAUGAGCGUCGAUAGAUGCACCGAAACCGAUAGAACCACGGCCAAGUAUAACUCCGAUUCGAUUCGAAUACCGAUUAGUCCGACCACCCUAGAGAACGACAAAGUCCAGCAUACAAUUUCACGAUCUCUGAUCGCAAUAAACCCAAGUAGAGAAAGUUGGAAAGGCGACCCACCAUCAAAGCAGGUAGAUUAUCGGGAAAAGACUUCACCAGUUGAUGCAAAAAUUUCAGUAAGUCUCCACAGUUUGCACAUCCAUGCAGCCUCAAAAGAAGCAGCAGCCAACGACAACGAAAUUCAAAUACUUCCCUACAAAACCUUUGAAGAAGAAGACGAAAACCUACCAGUGAGUAGUGGAAAAUCGAGAAAGGAAGGUGAAAGACUUAAAAAGGAGAAAGUUAUUAGUGUGUUCGACGUCGUUAAAACUUUAUACAAGCAACAGAGAAUUAAACCACCAAAGACACCAAACCACGGACAAACGGACGAUCCAACUCAGCAAAGCUCCAUAGCGUCACUACGUCAAGCCUUACGCCACGCAUUCUCUUCGGCAGUGAUCUCGAAAUACCAGCAAGACGUCAUGGAAAAAGUAGAAGCAAGAUCACCGAAACUAAGUCUAAAUGAUAGUGCAAGCAUUAGUACGAAAUCAAAUGAUUCCUACCCGUCCCCACCCCUUAUCAUAUCCAUGGUACCCAUCUACAUACUGACGCUCAUUGUUAUCCUCCUAGGAAUGUUUCGGGUGUCAUUAGGUACUGUGGCUGGAAUUAGUCUGAAAGCUCUGGACGCCAGCGAGGGCGACAUGGUGGUGGCUAUGACGUGCGUCUCGGGCCUCUUCAACUUGGUGGUCGGUGUGGUUGCCUACGUAGCCGCUUUCAAAGCCAGUCUCAUACUUUUCAUUAUGUUAUCAUUCGUCGUGUCGAACUCCAUUAUCCUGGUCAUCGUGUCGUCCUCGCUCGUCUACAUUUCAGUCCAGGAGUGCAAGAGUAAUUCAACGUGGCUACUCCUACAGAGCAUCUCAAACGCAGAGACAGCUGUCAACGUUGAACUACUCCAAAUCCUGUUCAAAUGCUGCGGUGCCAACUCACACGAUGACUGGCUGCUGAAUGCUAAUCACACCAACGGUACCCUUCCAUCGUCCUGCUGUCUGCCGUAUGGAAGUAAGAAUUGUAACGCCAACUCCAAAAACAUUUACGAGGUUGAGGAGGAGAUAAUUAAAUAA